AUGGCUGCUCUGGGUGAAGUUGGAAGCUUCUUGCACGGCAUUGAUGGUGUGGGAAACGUCGGUUCCCAUUUUCUUCUGACGUCUCUUGGGGAGAGUCCAGCGGUACUACUGGGUCAGGGUGAACAUCUUGUACCGGGUGCUGGGGAAAGGUUGUCUCGGAGUCCAACAGCCGAUUUAACGCAUUUAAAAGGGAUUCUCCGUAGAAGGCAGCUAUACUGUAGAACUGGAUUUCAUCUGGAAAUACUUCCGGACGGAACUGUGCAAGGGACAAGAAAGGACCACAGUCGAUUUGGUAUUUUAGAAUUUAUAAGCCUUGCAGUUGGAUUGAUAAGCAUUCGAGGAGUGGACAGUGGUCUCUACCUGGGCAUGAAUGACAAGGGAGAGCUCUAUGGUUCUGAGAAACUAACAGCCGAGUGUGUCUUCAGGGAGCAAUUUGAGGAGAACUGGUACAAUACGUACUCAUCCAACCUUUACAAGCAUGGAGACAAAGGGACUCGCUACUUUGUUGCGUUAAACAAGGACGGUACUUCUCGGGAUGGAACAAAGUCCAGGCGACACCAGAAGUUCACCCACUUUCUACCCCGGCCAGUGGACCCUGACCGGGUACCGGAGCUGUACAAGGAGAUUCUGGGCCACAGCUGAAACUGUCCAGAACCCACCAUCCCAGAUCAGAUCAGGAAUAGCUUCUUAUUAAGCUCCAGUCUCUCUUGCUGUGGGAAGCAGCAAUGUGCUCAGGCCAGGAAAUGUGGCUGGCUGUAUUAGACAGUCGAGCCAAACGGCCAGGGUAGGACUAGCCUGCACUGGGGAUAAAGGCUAGCCAGGGCCUCCCCUCGGAAUGUACAGGCCGGCUCUCAGCGGCCAGGAAGACAGUCUAGAAUGUCUGACAUUGUCAACCUGCACGCCAAGGCAUGAGGAGGCUGUUUGUUCCAGGGGCCAACUGACCCCUGAGAGUAGCUGUCGUGUGGAAUAGGAGAGGAACAGUAAGAGGAUCAGAGGAAGAGAUGCUGAUGAGGGAGGGCAGGAGGAACGGUCACUCAUUUUGUUUGAGGGCCAAUAUGCUUCAGGAAGUGUCUAUUGGACUAAGGAUAUAGUUGGAAUUAUACCAAUAUGACAUAGAGUUUGAACUGCUUAAUUCUGUUGUUGGAACUGCCAAAUCCAUUAGAUCCUAUAAAGAACUUUUUUUUUAUUUAGGGGUAAUAUGAUGUGUUGGAAGGGCUGUGUUUAUUGUAGAAGGACUUUGAAGGAAUUCAACUGUUUUAUAUUCUUUAUACAGACAAGAUAAAGCAGAAAGAUGUUAUAUUAUUACAGAAGUCAUUUAAAAAUGUAUUAUU